CUUUGGAGGAGUUUGGAGAAGGGUGGAAAAAAGAAAAAGAUGAUGAUGGUCUGUGCUGUGCAGAACAGGAGGGAAUCGGGGAAGCGGUCUCGGAGGACGUUCACUGGGAGGAAUGCAGCUAAAACUAAACCAGUGACAUGACUGACUGGGAUUUUAGUUUGAAACGUCGAUUGGACCCCCAAAGCACAUCCUGAGGACCAGCCCGCGGACCCCCCUGCUGGCUCCUUUGACCUAGUCCAAAAUGAUAGAUCCUCAGAUACACCUGCACUAUAACUACACGGGCAAGCUGGAUCACCGCCCCACCGUGGGCACCAGCACAGGAAGGCUGGAAAUAAAAACACUCCUCUUCCUGGUGGCGUGUGCCUUCAUCGUCCUGGAGAACCUCACGGUAUUGGUGGCCAUUUGGAGAAACCACCGCUUCCAUAACCGCAUGUACUUCUUCAUCGGGAACCUGGCGCUGUGCGAUAUGUUGGCAGGGGCGGCCUACCUGGUGAACCUGCUGCUGUCUGGCGAGAGGACCCUCCACUUGUCGCCCAUUUUGUGGUUUGUUCGAGAGGGCAGCAUGUUUGUAGCGUUGGGUGCCUCCAUCUUCAGCCUCCUGGCCAUCGCCAUUGAGCGGCACCUGACCAUGAUCAAGAUGAGGCCCUACGAUGCCAGCAAGAACUACAGGGUCUUCCUGCUCAUCGGCACCUGCUGGUUGAUCGCAGUCUCUUUCGGAGUGUUGCCCAUCCUGGGAUGGAACUGCCUGGACAACCUCCCCGACUGCUCCACCGUCCUCCCCUUGUACUCCAAGACGUAUGUGGCCUUCUGCAUCACCAUCUUCAUGGUCCUGCUCCUGGCCAUGUCGGUCCUCUACACACGCAUCUACGUCCUGGUCAAGUCCAGCAGCCGCAAGGUUAGCAAGCACAGCAACUCGGAGCACGCAAUGUCCCUGCUGCGAACCGUCAUCAUCGUGGUGGGCGUCUUCAUAGCCUGCUGGACGCCCAUCUUUGUGCUGCUACUGGUGGAUGUGGCGUGCGAGCAGCGCCGGCGGUGCCCCAUCCUCUACAAGGCCGACUGGUUCAUCGCGGUGGCGGUUCUCAACUCGGCCAUGAAUCCUGUCAUAUACACGCUUGCCAGUCGGGAGAUGAGGAGGGCCUUCCUGGGGUUGGUGUGUUGCCUUUGCUACCGGGGCGAGGUGUCGGCGCCGGGGAGCGGGAACAGGCAGUGUCUGGAGCCCAGUCGCAGCAGAAGCAAGUCCUUUAGCAGUCAGAACAACCAAAACCAGCAGAGCUGCAGACAGGCGGGGUCGGAGAAGGAGGCGGACUCUGGACUGGCAGGGAAGGUGUCUGUGGUUGCAGGACCCAGUGGCACUGAUGCUGAGGGGUUUGCCCAGAGCGAGGCCCGGAUGGCCUGACUUCAGACCAAGACUUUUACGACGGGAUAGGAUGGCCCCCUUCUUGAGGACAGGUUGGGGUCUGGUGUGCUUGCCCGACCUGGGUUGGGGAUCUAUAUACGACCCAUGUGGUCAGGAUUGGACACCCAUCCCAUGGACUACAAUUCAAUUCCAACUCUAUUUAUCCCGAGGUGCAAGUUAAAGGACACCAAGAUUAAACGUUAAACGGAAACACAACAGCCACCAUUUGUUCACCCCCCAAGGCAGAUUAGGGUGGUCCUGCAGUGCGAAUCCAGCCUGAAAUGUUUAUUAGAUUGUUUGAGACAAUCACAUUAUUUAUUAUUACUCCUUAUGCACUAAUUCUGUAUGAUAAACGACAACGCGACCACUCCCGAACCAGCUUGUCCCACCAUACCCCAAUGGGAGGUUCCACAUUCUAAGGUUGGUGACGUCUGCGGUGUUCUGGCGCCACCUGGUGGUCAUCCGUGUAAACUUGUGUAGCCGAGUGAGUGUAAUAAUAGCAUGGCUGCUUUUUAACAGUUGCAUGUGCAAGUUGUUACCUCAUGUGAUCAGUAGAGGUCGCCAUUCGUCCCGGUGACGUACUUCCUUUUCCCUCUUCAAAAUAAACUUCACCUCUUAGUUGCAGUCUGCCAAAAAUAAAAGGCAUGUUAGAAACAGCCUGAGAAUGAUGUAGAGCGGGAAUCAAACUACAACAAUAAACAAGGAAUUUCUACACA